AGCUUUGUCUAAAACUCUCACCUCUUUAUUCACUUGCACUUGCACUUGCACCCACCAACAUCAUCUAAAACCAACCCAACCCAAUCCCAAACAACCAAAAGAAAAAGAAAAAUAAAAAUUCACACUUGUAGACUUGUAGUACUUCUAGACUUGUAGCUAUAGCUUAAGGAGACCCACUCAACCCACAAGAUAUAUAUCAAAAUUAAAGUUCAUACGAUCUUAUCAAAAGAAAAAGAAAAAAAGGGGGUAUACUAGUACUUGAAGAUUUGAACCCCAUCCCAAUAGCAUCCAUCACCACCAGCUUGGAAGUUUGAGCUUGCUCAAAGUCCAACAUUAUUCUGUAUUCUCUGUUUUGGUGGGUUUAGGAGUUUAUAUAAUUUUCUUGAGAAAAGGAAGAGUUUUUAUUUGUGUUUGUUAGUGAAAAACAUGAGCAAUUGGUUGGGGUUUUCUCUGACUCCACACCUGAGGAUUGAUGAAGAAUUUGAGAGACAAAAUGAAGAGCGUGGAAAUGGAGGAUCUUAUCCUCCUCCUGUGAUGCCUUUGCGCUCUGAUGGCUCUCUCUGUGUUGCUGACUCCUUUUCUCGCUCUGCUGCACCUCAUGAAUGGAGAUAUGAGAAUGCAAUGGGAAGUGGAAAUUCAAAUGAAGAAGGUCCGAAGCUUGAAGACUUCUUAGGAUGCUACUCAAAUCCAUCACCACUUGCGGAAACCAAAGCAUUUUGUCAGCAAAACCGAAACCAAAACCAACAAAACAACUUCUCAAAGAUCAAUAUGAAUGUUGAAACAUCAUCGUCACUGUUCCAAUCAUUCAAUCCCUACAAUGAUAGCAGAAGCAACCACAACCAUCAUCAUCAUCAUCAUCAUGCUCUCAUAGCCGGCAACGGGGUUUACAAGUCAUCAUGGUUGGCACAAACUUGUUGCUCAUCUUCAUCUUCAGCGGAGGCAAAUCAAAAUAGUAGUAAUAAUAAUAAUAAUAAUGGUGAGUGCAAUUUCCAAUCUCUGUCACUGACUAUGAGUCCGAGCAGUGUUCAACAACAACAACAAAAUGGUGGGGUGGUGGUGGUGAGUGGAAUGAACCACCAAGUAGUGCUUCAUAAUCAACAUAAUCAGGUUGAUGAUGACACUCGUAAAAGAUCCAUUGCUAAAUCUCAAGGGAGAGAACCGGUGCCUCGAAAGUCUAUUGACACUUUUGGCCAGAGAACUUCUCAAUACCGUGGUGUUACAAGGCAUAGAUGGACGGGUAGAUAUGAGGCCCAUUUGUGGGAUAAUAGUUGCAGAAAGGAAGGACAAACAAGAAAAGGAAGGCAAGUUUACCUUGGUGGUUAUGACAAGGAAGAAAAAGCAGCAAGAGCUUAUGACUUAGCUGCACUCAAGUAUUGGGGUCCAACAACUCACAUAAAUUUCCCUUUAAGCACUUAUGAGAAGGAACUUGAAGAGAUGAAGCACAUGAACAGACAAGAAUUUGUCGCCAAUUUGAGAAGGUACCAUUAAAUUUCUAUCCAUGUGAUUUUUAUUUAGCACCAUCAACAUGGAAGGUGGCAAGCUCGUAUAGGAAGGGUUGCAGGCAACAAGGACUUGUAUCUUGGUACAUUUAGUACACAAGAAGAAGCUGCGGAAGCUUAUGACAUUGCAGCAAUCAAGUUCAGGGGAACAAGUGCCGUGACCAAUUUCGACAUAAGCAGGUAUGACGUGAAGAGGAUUUGCUCAAGUUCAACCCUAAUUGCCGGAGACCUUGCGAAACGGUCUCCUAAAGACUCAGCUCUAGCCACCGCCGAGGACUUCAACUCAUCCGGUUCGGCCGCCACACCUUCUCAACCAACUCCACUGGCAAUAACUGAUGGUGAACAACACUCUGAUGAGUUGUCCAACAUGGUGUGGAAUGGCAACAGUGACGAGCAACCGCAGAAUGAGAGCGGAACCAGCAACAGCAAUGUCGCUGGUCCAUUGUCGCAGCAGGUUUCGCCAAGCAACAAGAACGAGGCGAACCCGCCGCAAAGCCCCAAUGAAUUUGGGGUCAGUGGAACAGAUUAUGGACAUGGAUAUUUCACUCUGCAUGGACCACCAAAAUAUGAUGAUGGAAACAAUGAAAAUGAACACAGGAUUGGGAAUUUGGGUUUGGUUAAUCAAGUUCCUAUGUUUGCUUUGUGGAAUGAAUGAGGGGAAAGUUUGGGAGUGUGGAAAAGAAUUUUAGCAUAGAAAAAAGAAAAAGAAAACAAAACUAUGAUUAGAAGGAAGAAUUAUUGAAUUAUUAUUAUUAUUAUUAUUAUUAUUGUAGUUUUUGUAAUGGUAACUUAACUUUGUUCUAUUCUCAAGGAAGGGGGUGUCAGAAUUACAAUGUUGAUUAGUUGCUAUUGAGUAUUGUAUUUGACUAUUUGUAUGCAUGCUAACAUGACAAAGAUUAUCUUGUAUGGGCAAAGAGGAAAAUCAGCUUAAAUCAA